GGACGGAACUGGCGGGAAAUUCAAAAAUGUGAAAAAAGUGACAUUCACUAAAUACACUAAAAUCACAUACCCGAAAAUGCCAGGACAGUACAAAUCCCCCAAAUGUCAGGACAGUACAGAUAUCCCCCAAAUGUCAGGACAGUACAGAUAUCCCCAAAUGUCAGGACAGUACAGAUAUCCCCAAAUGUCAGGACAGUACAAAUCCCCCAAAUGUCAGGACAGUACAGAUAUCCCCAAAUGUCAGGACAGUACAAAUCCCCCAAAUGUCAGGACAGUACAAAUCCCCCCAAAUGUCAGGACAGUACAAAUCCCCCCAAAUGUCAGGACAGGACAGAUACCCCUCAAAUGUCAGGACUGUACAAAUCCCCCAAAAAUGUCAGGACGGUACAGAUAUCCCCCAAAUGUCAGGACAGUACAAAUCCCCCAAAUGUCA